CCCACACAUAGAUAUUGAAUUUAUGUUUUAACAUUUAAUCUCUUCUUCUUCACCGCCAUUUCUCCCCCUCUCCAAUGGAGCACUUCCCCAACUUCAACUUGGAACUUUGUCUCUCUCCUCCUUCCUCCUCUCCUUCCACCACCACCACUACCGCUGCCGCCGCCUCCAAUUCAUCUUCACAACACAACCAUAUCACUCCCAUCGGUGUCCCCACGCCUGAUCUUACCGAGAUCCAGGCAAAGGCAAUAAUAGUAGAAGCCACGAGACAAAUGGAGGCCGAGAGAAGAUGGACGACAUGUCGGAUUAGUUCAUCAGCAGAGAGAGUAUGGAUGAGGAGCGGGGAAGCUAGCCCCUCCAUGAGGAGAUCAUUGCAGAGGUUUUUACAAAAGAGAAAGCUUCGCAUUCAAACACUUUCACCCUACACUCACUAACUUUCCAAAUUUUGGAAUAAUCGUGGCUUCUUUAUAAUUCUCUCUUCCCUUUUGUCAUUUUUCUUCUUUAGCUUUUAGGAGCUAUAAGUUUGUGUUUGGAUUGUAUUUGUACAUACUUGGAGCUUAUUAAUUUUCCAAUACAUUACCUACUUACAUUUCUCAA